CGACCAAUCAUGGAGCAGCAAGGCGUCCAGGUUAAGGCUCCAUUUGCAAAAGUAAAAUAAAACCUUUACUUCCGUCAACAAGAGACGAGCGGUUUCAUGUAGCCUUGUAAGCUGACGGGUGACGCUCGUAGAGGAGGACUGGGGACGCGAGACGGACCGCACAAGUGGUUCCGAGAAAAGGCUGGGACGUAUGCUGCCUUCUGUAUAGUAGAUAUCAGUCGGGCCUGUGACAGGUAUACGGAAAAGCGCGUCUAAUGUUACGAAAACACUAAAAGGUUACGUAGCGCAAAAAAGCUUAUGGAGUAAGCGGAAGGAAAGCCAUGCCGUUUCUGGGCCAGGACUGGCGUUCACCAGGCUGGAGCUGGAUGAAAACAGAAGAUGGGUGGAAAAGGUGUGAAUUUGACUGUGAGGAUCUUGAAAGAGAUAACAACUUUAACCUUCAGGUAAUGAAUGUUUGUAACCAAGAAGUAUAUACAGCUGAAAGGUGUGAAUAUCCAGCAAAAAAAAGUAAAAAAGAAUACUUCAACAACACUACACGCUCACAAUACUGGUAUCGGGAAAAAUGGAUUUGUGUACAAAAAGAAAGUACAAGAGAAAGACAUGGAUAUUGUACCUUGGGGGAAGCCUUUAAUCGUUUAGACUUUUCAAGUGCAAUUCAGGAUGUCAGAAGAUUCAAUUAUGUGGUGAAACUCUUGCAGUUGAUUGCGACAUCCCAACUCACAUCACUGAGUGGAGCAGCACAGAAGAAUUAUUUUAAUGUCCUCGAAAAGAUUGUUAGAAAAGUUCUAGAGGAUCAACAUAACCCAAGGCUAAUAAGAGAGCUUUUACAGGACCUGAGCUCUACUCUUUGCAUUCUGAUAAGGGAAGUUGGCAAAUCUGUUUUGGUAGGCAAUAUCAAUACUUGGAUUUGUCGUUUAGACACUAUCCUUUCAUGGCAGCAACAACUGAUGGACCUCCAGAUAACCCAGGAAUUUUGUGGGGACCUUUCCCUUUGUGAUAUCCCAUUACAAAUGCAAAACAAUAUACUGUACAGAUUUUCAGAUGCCUGGGAUAUAAUCAACCUGGGCCAAGUAAGCCCAGCAUUGCAUGUGCUCAGUGAAGACCGCCACCUUUGGAAGAAGCUUUGCAAGUAUCAUUUUGCAGAAAAAAUGUUCUGCCGACACUUGAUCUUCUCUGAGAAAGGCCACAUCGAUUGGAAGUUGAUGUUUUUUGCCCUUCAGAAAUAUUAUCCAAAAAGGGAACAGUAUGGUGAUACACUGCAUUUUUGUCGACAUUGUAGCAUUCUGUUUUGGAAGGACUACCAGCUUGCUCUUAUAUUUAAGGAUUCAGGACAUCCUUGCACAGCCAAUGAUCCAUCAAGCUGCCUUGUCCCAGUGUCUCCUCAGCACUUUAUUGACCUCUUCAGAUUUUAAAAGCACUAAAGGCCAUUUGUGGUGUUUUUUUUGUACUGUAGUAUUGCCCCUUAAAAUGUAGUGAUUCAUAAAUAGUGUUGUGAACUUUUUUAAAUUACAUAAU